CCCGAGAGACCGGAGACUUUGUGUGCUCCGUUUUGUGCUUUCCCACAAUGAUGAUACUUUUUCUAUUUAUUUUUAUACGAAUACAAGAAUCACUUGGACAAUUACCAGGGCCGAAUGAUUAUCCUGGAAAAAUAGGCGGACGUUGUGGACUGUUUCAGUUUGAUUGUGAUACAAGAGCACGAACACCACUGUGCAUUCCAUUGGUUGCCGUGAGAGAUUGUACACCGGAUUGUCCUAAUAUGAGUGAUGAAUGGUGCGGACAAGGAACAAUACUUUGCGACGCUGGAGUCGGUCAAAAACGGUGUGGAAAAUGUGUGAGACCUCAAGAUAUGGCAAACUUGUGUCUUGACAGAAAAUGGCAACAUAUUUGUGCUUAUCAAGGAACUUACAAAUGUGCAAAAACAAUGAAUUGCGUAUUUGCGAAAUGGCUUAUGGAUGGGAAGGAUGAUUGUGGAGAUGGAAGUGAUGAGGAUGUGUGUGCUCAUGGAAUGGUAUCUUGUACUUCCAAUGAGCCUACACCAACUCCAAUACUGGACGCUAUUACCUCUACGGAGAAGCCAAAGGAGCCUAAAAAGAAAACAGCUUUACAAGUGUCGAAAAGAUGUGACCUCGGAGAAUUUCGAUGUCUCGAUGGGGAAUGUCUUGAUGUGUCAAAGGUUUUAGACGGACAAGAAGAUUGUUUGGAUUCCAGUGAUGAAAAUUACUGUGAAAUGCACGACGGCGUUUGUAACACAGCAGCUCGAUGCUCAUUCCAAAGAGAUGUUGGAGCAUUUGGAUGUGGUUGUCCGAAGGGAUUCGCACGGAAUCCAACGGGAAUAUGUGAAAUCGAAGAGAUUCGAAUGAGAGUUUAAAGUUUUAUUAUUGCACGACUCAACUAAGUGCAUAUGAAUGAAUAUGUAAAUUUACAAACAGUUUUUAGUGGUUAUUUUCAUUUAUUCAUGAGCAAAUGAUUUGAGUUUUCUUGUUUUUGAGACGUGUAGUAAGUAAUGAAUUGCUUCUUUUUGGGUGAAAGUUUUUUUUGUGAAAAUUAAAUUAUCUCUGCAUUUGUAGACCCGUCUAUCGAAAUUGAAAGUUGACAUAUUUUGAGAAGAAUUAGUAGCUCUCAUAGGGCGUUAUCCUUGGUGUUUGUCCAUAAAUAACAUUUGG